AUGAGUGGAGACAAAAAACCGGCUUCUAGUAAGCCUGCAUCAUCUUCAGAACCUCCGCAAAAUCCACCGAAAUCCUCCUCCGUCAAACCUGAGAAGUCGAAAACCCAGACCUUUGGGCCGCCUCUAAAUCUCAUAGUACCGAAAAAUAAGGCUGUCGGUUGUGAGCAUUUAUUUGCGUUCUAUAAAAAGCCUAGGUGGGGAGUAGAGGAUACGAAGGAUCGUUACAACAAGAAACUCGAUCUGUUGAUUGACUAUAAGAAGGAGUGCAAAUCGUGCAGCACAUGCCAUGACGUCCCCGCUUCACUGUAUCUUUGCUUGGAAUGUGAAGAGCUUAACUGCUGGGAUUGUACAGACCAGCAUGCAAAGGGCGAGGAACACGAGUUCAGCUUGAACUACCGCAAUGGAUAUUUAUGGUGUCAUGCUUGCCGUGAUUUCAUCUAUGACUCUGACCUCGAGCGUGUUAGAUGUGCACAUGAGAAAGUCAUUGCAGCGACAAGCUUCCGAAAGCGCAAGCGUCCUACUGCGGAUGAGGCUAGAUAUAUUGAAAAUAACUCGAAUCCGCAGCCAUGCAAAUCCACUGGCCUCAGGGGCAUGGUGAACUUCGGGAACACUUGCUGGAUAAGUGUAUCUUUACUCAGUCUCCUUGAAAACCCACUCUUGCGAAACUUCUUUAUGACACGUCCUCAUGAAUACCAAACAUGCCAAAUUGAGUGCUGCCUAGUGUGUGAACUAGGUAGGAUUUUUGACGCCUUUUACAGUGAGGACAAUUUGUCGCCGUUCGCUGCCAUGGAGUUCAUCAUCGCCACUUCCAAACGAUUACCAAGCUUUAGGGCAACUGAACAGCAAGAUCCAAGUGAUUUCCUAAGUUUACUACUUGGCAGGCUUUGCGAGGAUUUCAACCAGAAAGACCCCGUAACAGGAGAGUGCAAAUGUAUAUUGCACCAAGUUUUUCAUUGGAAAAUAAGUGAUCAUCGGUAUUGUAAAAGCUGCAAAUCAAAGAACACCUUGGAUGGUCCGUUGAGCGGCCCGCUCUUGCUUUUUAAUAAGCUUGGCAAGGACUGGCGCGAUACACCAGCCGGCAAACGAAGGAGGACAGAAACUAAGUCUGACAACCCGACCCCGAGCCUCAAGGUGUUUCUCGACGAAUACUACAAGAAACAGGCAAAUGUUCCUUACACUUGCAAAAAUUGCAAGAAUGCAACAGAAGGAAAUACCACCCAUUUCCACUCGUUUAAGGCGUACCCCAUGGUGGUGACUUGUUACUUUCCUUGGAUGAAAAUGGGCGAGAAUACUAGUCCUGAGCAUGUUGAAUUCCCUCUCGCCCUUGAUCUGAAAGAGUUUGCGACACCCGUUAGAUCCGGGAAAGUUAAGGUUGAGGACGCUCCAAGCGUUUGGUACGAUUUGUUUUUUACCACUGUUCAUCAUGGAAGUGACAAAGGAGGACACUACGUUUGUUACGCCCGGGACCGUGAAGGAUCCUGGUUUCAUUUUAACGACACCAACGUCACUGUCGCCAAGCCUGAGCAUGUCCUAGGAUCGACGUCUAUAAUGUUAUCGUACAUCCUAAGGAAGCUCCCAGAGACAGAAGUUUAG